UCCCCUCCUCAUCCUCCACCUCACCGGUUGUUGCCAUGGAGAUCCCGGUGCUCCGUGGUGCGCUCUCGGUGGUGGAAGAAGACGAGGGCUACAGCGCGCCACCGCCACCGCCGGGGUCCGAGGAGCGACUACGGUACCGGCGAGGAGGAGGAGGCGGGAGACGGCGGCACGGGGUGCCGUUCAACCGGAGCGGCUAUUACGCGCUGAUAGUGAUCGGGGAGAUCGGCACGGAGCACCAGCUGGACUCCGCCAGGGCGCAGAUAGAGCGGGGAAUCCGAUCGUGGGACGUCGACCUCAAUAGCUGCGACCUCGAUAAGCAGCUGCAGCUGUUUGUAACUCGUCACUCGGCCCACUUCUCCUCCGAGGUCAAAGGACAAAGAACUCUCCACCACAGGAGUGAUGUCCUAGAGACCGUGGUCCUCGUCAACCCUUCAGAAGGCACCGUGGUAUCAGAGAUCCAGUCUCUAGUCACAGACUCAGCAGGACACAAGCUUCUGGUCUUGAGUGGACAAAGCUCAGAUCACGGUGGCCUUUUUCUUCAAACUGGGGUUUUCACCUACCAGACCUUGUCACGUGUCUUUGCUGAUCCUGGGGUCAGUGAAUUACUGGGCACAACAGCCCCCAAGCAGCAGGCUACACUUACUGUGUCCUGCCGCGGGGAGGUGGGCUGGAGCUCCCUGGGACAGCAGCAGACCCUGCGAGAGUUUCUGGAAUACAAACUAAACCCCGAGUCUGUCCUUCCCAAGAUGGAGGGCGUCACCGAGUUCACAGAGUACAUCUCUGAGACGGUCGACGUCCCUUCGCCUUUUGACCUCCUGGAGCAACCCACAUCCGGAGGCUUCCUGAAACUGUCCAAACCGUGUUGCUACAUCUUUCCCGGUGGACGCGGAGACUCUGCUCUCUUUGCCGUAAAUGGCUUCAACAUCUUAGUGGAUGGAGGCUCUGAACGAAAAUCAUGCUUCUGGAAGCUGGUUCGUCACUUGGACCGCAUUGACUCGAUUCUGCUCACGCACAUCGGCGCCGACAAUCUCCCAGGUAUCAAUGGGCUGCUUCAGAGGAAGAUAGCAGAACAGGAGGAGGAGCAGUCUCAAGGCUCCACCGACUACAGCGACUGGAUGAAGAACCUGAUCUCUCCUGAACUAGGUGUGGUGUUCUUCAACGUGCCAGAGAAGCUCCGUAUGCCAGAAUCUAAUCUUAAAGUGAAACGCAGCAUCGAAGAGGCCUCGCUGACUUUGCAGUACCUGAAUAAACUUGGAAUCAAACCAGAGCCUCUCUGUCGAGUGGUCAGCAACACUAUUGAGCCGAUUACUCUGUUCCACAAGAUGGGAGUGGGCAGGUUAGACAUGUAUGUUCUCAAUCCUGUCAAAGACAGUAAAGAGAUGCAAUUUUUAAUGCAGAAGUGGGCUGGCAACAGCAAGGCCAAAACUGGUAUUGUGCUGCCCAACGGGAAAGAAGGAGAAAUAUCUGUGCCCUACCUGACAUCAGUGACAGCCUUAGUCAUCUGGCUUCCUGCCAACCCUACUGAAAAGAUCAUCAGAGUGCUGUUCCCUGGGAAUGCACCACAAAACAAGAUCCUAGAGGGUCUGGAAAAAUUAAAGCACCUUGACUUCUUGCGCUAUCCUGUUGCCACACAAAAGGAUAUUGCCUCCGGAGCUCCUCCCUCUGUUAUAAAACAAACCAAGUUAAAACAAAGAACAGACAGCAGAGAGAGUCUCAAGUCAUCGCCGAAGACGACUGCAAAAGCCUCAAAGAAAGAAAAUGAAGGACAAGAUGAUGUGUCGGCCGCCACAGAGGCAAAGAGUGACUCCGUGAAGGAAAAUAUCUCUGAGAAAAAAGAGGAGAAAAAGCCUACUAAAACGAUAAAAUCUAAAAGUGAUGUGCCAGAAAAGAAAAAACUCCUGAAGGAAAAAUCCUUAAAAAAACACCCGAAGGAAAGGGUGUCAAAAAUGGAUGAGAAAAAGGACAAGGAAAAGAAAGAGAUCAAGAAAGUAAAGAAAGAUGACUCUGCUAAAAAAGAUGAAAAGAAAGAUGUUAAGUCCAAAGACGACAAAAAGAAGGACACAUCCAAACCAGAGCUGAGAAAAAUUACAAAGCCUGACCUGAAACCGUUUACUCCAGAAGUCAGAAAGACAUUGCACAAAGCUAAAGUGUCAAGUAAAGCAAAGACCGGAAAAAUCAAAGCAGCAAAGACUUUACCUGCUGAGCCGAAGCCUGAGGAGCCAAAACCUGAAACUAUUCAACCUGAACCAGCAGAGAAUGGAGCUGUUGAGGGCAAGUCUGUUCUCUCAACCCCUGAAGACCUCACCAAGGAUUUUGAAAAUAUGAAAAAAGCUGAAGUUGUAGAUGUAUCAGCAGAGCCUCCAGACAGUUAUGAGCCGACUGCACAAAGCCUUACCCAGGAGAAGCAGGAAGCAUCUGAAAUUCCACCUGAAACAAAGUCUCCAGAAGAGGAGGCAUCAGCCCCAGAAGCCAAAGCUGAAGUUGACAACAACAAGUUGACAGAAGAGAGAGAAAUGGAAGAUGCUCAAAAGUUUGAGGAUGAAGGAGCAGCAUCUCAGGAUGAGGAUGAGGAGGAAGAGGAGGAAGAAGAGGCCCCGGCUGCCAAAAGAAAUACAGAAGAGGAGGUGGAAGAAGAUAUGGGAAUAGGUGAAGAGGAAGAUGAGGCAAAAUGGAAGGAAGCAAAGGACGAUGGUCUUGACAGGAAACAUGAGUUAGAAGAAAUGGAGAAAUCUGAAACACUCUCAGCUAAGGUUGGGACAAAAGUGCAGCUCCAAACGAUUCCAUCAGAGGAAGACGAGGAGGAGGAGGCAGUGGAGAAAGCUGAACUGGAGGAGGUAGAAGAUUUAGAUGUUAUAGCAGAUGAAGAGAUCAAACCUGAAGAUGCAGCCGAAGAAGAAAUGGUCACUGACAUUCUGGCUGAAGAAGAGGAAGAGGAGGAGGGCUACCUGUCACAUGUUGGAGGGGCCACAGCUCCCAUAACCUCGGUAGUUCAAGGAGCCGCUGCAGCUGAACCCAUCUCCUACAUCCAAGACGAGACCAUCCCCGGCUACUCUGAGACGGAACAGACCAUCUCUGACGAGGAGAUUCACGAGGAGGCAGAGGAGAGGAUACCACACCUUCAGUAUGACGUCGGUGCCUACGACAUCUCUGUUCCAGAUCAGACCGGAUCAUUUGUCAACAUUCACGGCAUGAGGGAGAUGCAAGCUGCAGCUAUGACCGAGAAAAGCUUCAUCCCAGGCGUGCACGAGCAGGUAUCGGUGUUCACCAACAUCAUCACUGCUCCUCUGGCAGAAGAGGAGCAUGUGUCCUCUGCAACGUCCAUCACGGAGUAUGACAAAGUGUGCUCUUUCCCUACUUCUAUUGCUGAAGACCAAUCUGUGGCAUCUGUUGCAGCACCUUCAGCUGAGGAACCCCCCAAAAGUCCCGUUAUCCUGUCAACCCCACCCGAAGCCACCCAAGGCAAAGAGCAGCCACUCUCUGCAAGAUCUCUUUCACCACCUUCUUUAGAAGAAGACAAACAAUCCAAGUCUCCUUCUGAUGACUUUGAGCUUCCUGUUGCAGAAGUGAAGACGCCGGCUAAAGCUCCUGAAGCUCACGAGGAAGAAGAGGAAGCGGAAGAGGAGGAGGAAGACCAAACUCCUAAUGUAGACAUUUCACUUGAAAAACUCCAAGAGGGCUAUGCUUCAUCCCAAUUAUUACAACAUAAAGAGAUGGAUAUUGAAAAGCUUGCUGGCUCAGUGUCUCCAGUUUCUAUACAAGACACCAAACCAGUCCACCUACCAAUUGAAGAAGAAAAUACAAUAGCUGUUGCACCUAAAGAUAUUUCAUCUGUUGUGCUUACUAGACCUUUUGGAUCGGACUCAGUGACUUCAGAGAGUGAAGAGCGCUGCUUCAGUCCAGAUGAUAUCACUGUGAAAAUGGCCUCCCCUCCACAGUCCGGACCACCGAGUGUGGCUCACUCUCCUCUUCGUCAGUCACCAGUGGAAGACAAGACGAAGGUUUUCCCUGAUUUAGCAACAGACGAGAAAACAAAAAAGACCGAUGAAGCAGGAACAGAGACACAAAAAGAUGUUGAUAAACAGAAAGCAGAUCAGCAUGAAGUAGAUGUUUCAACAUCUUUAGACGAAUCAUUUGAGAAGGACAUGAAAGAGGUUCCAGUGAUGAAGGAGUCAGAAAAAGACUCUUCAUCAGUGCCAAAAGAUGAAGGCAAGCGGUCAGAAACAAUCCCUGUGUUUGCUGCGUCUUUAAGAGAAGUUCAGCCACCCGCGUCAGUGAGGGAUUCCCUCAUUUCAUCUGGACAAAGUGAUAAAGAGGUGGACCACACGCUCAAAGAAAAAGAACCCAAAGUGCCGAUUACAGGAACCUUUCCAGAGAGGGAAAGUCGUUUCCUGGACAAUAAAGAUGAUAACAAGAAAGAUGAUGAUGAUGAUCAUGGUGAUAAACCUGCAGUUAAAACCAUUAAGGCAGAACAGGAGAAAGAAAAGGACGACACCUCUGAUGUCCCACAAAUCAAGGAUGAGCAAAAACAGAAAUCUGUCAUCCAGGAAGACGUUUCUGCCGUUACGUCCAUCACGGAUGAGAGAGUAGAGCAAGAGACAAUAAAGGAUGAUACCUCCGAUAUUAAACCCAUCAAAGAAGAGCAAAUUGCAAAGGACAUUUUCACGGCUGUUACAGCCAUUAAAGAAGAGCAUAAAGAGCCUGAGAAGGACCACACUCCUGAAGUCACAACCAAAGAAGCAGAGAUGGAAAUUGUUGCUUCUGAGAACAAAGAAAUGAAAAAUGAGCCGAAGCAGAGAGUUGAUGAUUUUGACCUCAAAAACAAAGGUGCUGAGGAAGAUGAGCUUGAAAGAAAUGAUUUGUUUGAUAGUGACAUUUCUGAUAUUAGCCCUGUAAAGACUGAACAGGUCCGCGCCACAGAUAUCAAGCCUGUUAAAGACGAGAUGGAGAAAGAGGUAAAAAGAGACGACAUGCCCAUUACUGAACCUACUAAAGAUGAAAAGAAAAAGGAGACAUCUGAUAUCAAAGUGAUUGAAGACAAGAAAGAGGAAAAAGAGAUGGAAAAGAUAGAUGCUUCUGCUACCAAGUCCUUUACAGAUGAGCAGAGGGAAGAUGAUAAAGAGAUUGGUGACAUCACUGUUGCUAAAGUCACCAAAGAAGAAGAAAUAAUGAGUAAGGGGGAUACGUCUGCUGCUAAGGGGCAAGAGAUUUGUAGAGAUGCUGUCUCAACCAUCAGCCUGAGUGAAGAUGAAAUUCCCGCUGCCAAGUUAGCCACAGAGCAAGAAAAAGAUAAGGAGACAAGUAAAGAUGAUAGUUCUGACACCAAACUCUCCAAGGACCAGGAAAAAGAUAUGACGACAAGCAAGGAUGAUGCCCAGAUCUUCAAACCUACUAUAGAGGACAUAAGUAAAUAUGAUACUGCUGCUAUUACCAAGGCAGAGGAAGAAGAUAAACUGCAAAGAACAGAAGAUACUUCUGCUGCUAAACCAACACUUGCAAAAGACAAGGAACAAGAGGAAAGUAAAGAUGACACUUCCGCCACCAAAUUUACCAAGAUAGAAGCAGAGCAUGUACAAUUAAGUAAAGAUGAUGAUUUCUCUUCCGCAUCAAGCAAGGCAGAAGCAGAAGAGACACUUAAAGAUGCCAUCAAACCAGUCGUGGAGGACGGAAAGCAGAAAGAAAGUAAUGAAGAUGCUGUCAAAACCGCCAAGACAGAGGAAGAGGAUGUAAUGAUGUGCAAAGAUAUUUCCGCUGUCAAAACAUCCAAGGACGAAGUUGUUACUAAACCCACCAUGCAAGACGAAAAGGUAAAAGAAAUCAGUAAAGAUAUUAGUGCUGUCAAAUCAACGAUAGAAGAAGAAAAGGAGAAAGCAGUAGAUAAUAAGGAAACUUUCGCUGAGGAAUGGGUUUCAAUUCAAGAUCAUAGUGUUGCUAUCGAACCCAUCAAGGAAGAAAAAUAUACAGUAAUUAUUAAGGAUGAAAUUUCUGGUAUCAAACCUACCAAGGAGGAAGAAAGCAAAGACAUUUCUGGUGUGAAAGCCCCUGAAGAUGAGGAGAAGGUAGAGAUGAAAGAUGUUACAUCUGAUGUAAAACUCUUCAAGGAGGAGGCAAAAGAAAUCCCAAAGGAUGAUAUUGAUGAUAAAGAAAUUAAAAUGAAAGAGAAAGAAAUGGAGCAGAAGGAUGAUACAUAUGUCAAAGACAUAAAGGAUGAUAAAGGGGUGAAAAAUGUUGACAUUCCUGACAAACAGAUAAAAACGCAGGAGGUUAAAGAGCAGGAGAAGGCUGAUAUCUCUGAUCACAAACCGAUUCUGGAGGAAAUUAAAGAUAAAAAAACUGAGAAAGAUGACACUAACAAGGAGAAAGAAACUGACACCAGUGUAGAGCAGCCCAAGGAUGGGAAAGAGAAAGAGUCAUCUAAAGUUGAAACCAUCGAGGUUGAAGGCAAACAGGGCAGUUGUGAAGCGGAAUCCACCAAACAGGAGGCAGAGGAAGAGAUGUACAAUCCAACAUUAAGCACCAAAGAUGAUAAAAAAGGGAAAGAUGAUUAUCCUUUCGAUACUGAGUCUAAGAAGGAUGAUAAAAAAGAGGUGCAUCUUCCCGUGUCUCUGACCUUGGAAGAAGAGAGAACGAAAAAGGAUGAUAUUUGGGACAUUAGUGAUAAGCAUAUACAUGAAGCAACCUCUGAUAAGCUUACUGGAACUCAAGUUGAGAAGGAAUCUUUUGGUGCUGCAGAGAUUCAGCAAGACACCUCUGUAACUACAUCAAGUGAAGACAUGAAACCAGUGAAAGAUGACGUCUGUGUGUCUCCCAGCCAAAUCCAGGAGGAGCAAAAAGAAGCAAAGGACGAGAAGAUGGAGAAAGAAAAAGACGACACGCAUGUUGCUGAACUGAGCAAAGAACAGAAAAUGGAAAAAGAACAAGAAAAAGAAUACACCUAUGAGACUGAUGACACCAAAGAUGAAAAGAUGAUGAAAGGAAAAGAUGUUGCCGACAAGAAGACAGAUGAGAUCACUGAAAAAGACUCAUGUGAUGGAGACCACACCAGAGAGGAGAAAUGGGAGAGAGAGGAGUUACAAGAGAAAGACAUUAAACAACCUGCACUGAAAGUGUCAGGAGAAGCAUUUGUGGUUCAGUCGUCUGACGAAGACAGGGGAGAUGAAGAGGAGGAGGACAUUUGUAUGGGAGGAGCAGGCUCCAGACCUUUGUCAGUGGAGCUGAGAAAAUCAGAACAUGACAUCUCGUCUGCAGGCCUGCCCUCAUCCCAAAAACCACAGACAAGUGACCAAACUAAACAGCCAAUAUCGGAGCAGACCACAGGGAUCAUACCAACACUCACAAUGCAGGAGCCCUCGAUAGAUGAAGACGGCAAAGAGUUUGGCAUAGAAGAAUCCAGACUUUCACCUGAAGCAGGCAAAGAACCCACAGCUGCACCACUUGCCAAGCCAGAGCCCUCCUUUGAUAUUGUCACAUCAAUGGAGACGACUACACAAGAAAAGGCUUCCGAUAUACCAGCAGCUAAAGUAGAGCCAAUGUCGGACUCAACUGAGCAAAAGCCCGUGUUGUCAACAGUAUCGAGCACCGACAGUCAACCCAGGAGCUCUACGCUCUCGAGCACUGAGAGCCAGUCCAGUGUGGAGGAAACACCACAACAAGAGCAACAAAUAUCGCCUCUGACAAGCUCAGCGGUCAGUGCUACAGAAAAAGCAAAGCUGGAUGAGAAACCAGGAAAGGAAGCAGAGAGGGAGAUGGAAGGAGAGCGAGAGGUGGCUUCUCCCGGAUUAUCACAGCCUUGUUCAUAUUUUAUGUUGGAUUCUGAGGAUGCCAGCCACACAGAAGUUGUUAAAUCUGACACUGCAAAAAUGACCUCAGAGAAGGAAACAGUCGGUGGAAGCAUCGGAGAUGAAAAGCAAACCUUUGGUGCGUCCAAGUACGAUCCGUAUGAAAAGCCAAUUCCAAAGGAUCAUGACUUGGACUCCAGAGAAGAAAGCGAGGUUUCUUUGGAUUUCGAUCACGCCUCUGAUAUUGGUAUUGAUGAUAACAGAAGAACAAGCCAGACAGAGGCUGGAGGAGCCAUGUUCGUCCUGGACGAGCCUCUGUCCUUUAGUAGAGUCGACUACAGCCCAGUGUCUCUCACUGAGAGUGAGAGAAGCAGCCACCAUAGUGCCUCUCCUAAAUAUGAAGACAGGGAGAAAGGCCAAGAGGAAGAGUGUGAGCGAGAAGAAAGACCAGAUACACCUUAUGUUGAAAAGAGCUUUUCAUCCAUGGACAUGCAAGAUAACAAAAUGUCCCAGGCGGCUGAGUCUUAUUCUUUCAGUCCCAAAGAGGAUAAACCUGAGAAAUCGGAGAAAGAGAAAGAGGACAUGAAGGAAGGUGCUGCGGCAGCAGCUUUUCCAACGGGGGCGACAGGAGAAAGUGAUACGGUUUCUGCCAGUGCUGCUGUUCAAUCAGCAGGUGCAUCAUUAAGACAAGAAACACCGUCUCCGUCAUGGAGCCAAUCAGAUCUUGGUACACAAGUGUCUGCUGCUCCCGUAGCUUUUGGGGAAUUCACAGAAAAAAGAACAACAGAAAAGGAGAGAGAAAAAUCUGCUGAGUCACUCAAAGACAAAAUGGACUCCUCUGAUCAUGAGGGAUCUCCAUCUGGUCGGCAUUCACCUGCAGAAAAAGACAUUUUACCUCAACAAGCAUCAACUUUAGAGAAAGCAGAAACGUCAAGGACUGCCUCUGCUGCCACAUUUUCAGGACAUGAAAUAGACGAUAAUGUUUUGGCAUCUGAGAAUAAUCAAAUUAGCAGCUCUGCCUCUUGUAAAUCCAUGUCAGACUUUCCUGAUGGAAAAGAGAGCCUGAUAGAUAAAAGGUUACUCGUAGAAGGGGAAGAUUUCAAUGUUGAUGAUGAUGAUGAGGACGAAGAUGAUGAUGAUGAGGAGGAGGAGGAAGAAGAGGAGGAUUUGAGUGAUGUAGAUAUGGAAAAGGGUGCCAGAGAACAAUCUGAAAAAGAAAUGUGCAGACGUAGCUCUGGUGAUAGUGCUACGUUAGCAGAGGUAGAGGACUCAAAUAAAAAGUCUCAGCUGCCUGAAUCAAGCCUCCUUAAAGAUGAAACUGUCUGUAAACCAACAGCUGACGAUGCCUCAGCUUCAGACAAGCAGGACGUGAGUAAAAAACCAUCAUCUCCUGAAACAAAACCACUCAACAAAGAUGAUACAGCCACAUCCAAACGUCCUGAAGCAAGGAGUGACGAUGCAGGUAAAACAGCUCCGUCACCAGACCCAAGUGUUCGCAGAAUGGACGAAAGUGGUUUCACUACAUCAGAUGCUCCAAAACUUCCUGAAACAAAGAAAGCAGAGGACACAGACACAAAGUAUUUGUCUCCUGAACCAACCACAAAGAGAAGGUUGUCAUCGGCAGAGGAUUUGAGCUCUUAUGAAGUACUACAGACAAAAGAAGGAGAUGACGACAAAGUGUCUCUAUCGCCAAGCUUUUUGAAAAAGGAAACUUGUCAACCAAUGUCCACAAGCAGCUUGACAGGCAGCUUUUUGCCACCUGACCAUUCAGAAUCCAUUUCCAAGACUACAUCUAGUCCCUCCCCUCCUCUAAGAGGUAGCUAUGCCGACAUCGGACAGAGUAGAUCUGGAGGUUAUUCUGAGCAUUUUUACAGUGAGAAUAGUCAAGUAGGAUUGAAGGAAGAUAAAGAAGAAACCUGUGUGCUCUCAGAUGCCUCCCAGCUAGCCAAGCUAAGCGAUGAUACAUAUUAUAGCCAAAGAAACAUCCAAGAAGAGAAUCUAGAUGAGGGGCAGACCCUAGAUAUCACCACAAGACAUGAGGAAAGUGCCUCAUCACCAUGCACAUACACCACCUUAACAUACUCUACUUCAACAUACUCCUCCACAUCAUACAGUUACUCGUCUUCAGCCUCAACUUCUGCCCCUUUGAGCAAACCGUGUGGAGACAAAGUCAAAACUUUUACAACAAUAUCAAGCCCUAGAGUACCUCUAGCCAAAGAGGAGCCAUCGGCGGCAGAGUCUCAGAGCUCCUGCUUUGGAGGAUUUCAGAGAGAUGAGUACAUGGAGGUGACGACGAAACCUGCAACAAAAGUGUCUUUACCCGGCCAGUCUGAUGAGACCAAACCAUCAUAUGCAUUCUUGUCUACCACUGCCAAACAGACUGAGGGUCAAAGUGGUUCUGCAAAGCCUGAAACUGAGACAAAGUCAAGCACUGACUGUUUUUAUAUGCUAGAAACUAAGAUUACACCAUCCUCCGCUGCACCAUCCCUGCAAAGCAUGGAACCAGUAAAGGUGUCAGAGAGUGUAUCAGAGGCUUGCUUUGAUGUCUCUCCCCUCCAAAGGGCUCACUCCUCUGACAAGGUGUCCCAAGAGUCAUCAGACGAUGAGGAGCCUGUUACACUUGAAAUGGAGGACAGCACCUUACCAUGUCGUAUUGAAUGUCAAAAAAUCAAAGUGGCUGAGCAAAAGGAGAGUUUUUCAUUGAUAACCGAGUCAUAUAUGGUAGGUAGUACCUCACAGUCCACAGAGAAUAAGACGGUCACCAACACCUCUGCUACUGUUGUGUCUAAACCUGACGUGGUGAUGGAAACAACUCAACAGACAGCCUCACUUAACUCACUCAGUGAUAGCGGAGCUAGCAAAACCACAUGUGCCACAACAGUCGUGUCCAAAGCAGAGGACGAUAAAGAGAAAAAGGAGAAAACACUGGAGGUAAAAGAGGAGAACACAAACAGAGUAAUUGCACCUUUGAAGGAAGAUGAGAAGGUUUCAGAAAAAGAUGAAAAGACAUUAACUGCUAAAGAUGGUGAGGUCAAGCAGAAAAUAGAGGAAAGGUUGUGUAAAGAAAGCACAGAGGAGAGGAAGGCAACAGCUGAUCCAAAGAUGUGUGAAAAAGCAGAAGAUGGUAAGAAAGGAGAGGCAGAAAAAAUCGAGGAGAAAAGCUUCUUGGAGAUGCCACCAGAGAGAUUAGAGGUCAGGAGAAGGAGCAGUAUAUCUGAUUGGGAACUACUACAGAGGCCUGAAGACUGCCCAAGUGCCCCUCCUCCAGGUUAUGGUGAUGAUGACGAGGAGGAAGAGGAUGAAGAAGCGAUGGAAUGGAUGACCAGUGUCCACAGUACCGCUAUGUCCUCGUCGAAAGAUACCCAUCACACAGAAACAUCAAGCAAAGGAGCCGCAAGGGCUGAUCGUCCCUCUGACUUGAACACCGGUGCCGCCGCCUCCUCUGCUUCCUAUCCAGGCCACUCCUCUUGCGAAUACAAACAUCGCAAAGGAGAACUUUCUCCAUCGUUCAUCAACCCGAGCCCUCAUCCGCUCUCCAGUGACGAGGGCGAGGGUGAGGAGGACGACCGCAGUGACCACUCCCAGGAAGGAGACGAGGACGAUCAGGAGCAACACUCCGUGAAAAGGAGGUCGCACAAGCAGAGGCACCACCACACUCCGAGUUUACCCGGAGACGCUGGACAGGGGCCACAGCAGCUGCCCGGCGCCAUGUCGUCCGGUUUGGCUGUGACGUUAGCUGGAGAGGAAACACCUCCGACAUCAGCGAGCGAGUCGUUGCCUUCACAGUCGGAUUCUGACGUUCCUCCAGAGACCGAGGAGUGUCCGUCCAUAACAGCUGAGGGAAAUCUGGACUCGGACGAAGACGCCGAACAUCUGCCGGUGGACAAAUUAUCUGGAGCUGGGGGGGGUCACCAUCCUCCAUCACCAAGGUCAGCUCAGAAGACUCAUGACCCAUCUCCCACCCCGAUGAAGGACCCUCAUCCCCACCCUCCGCACCCAGAUGUGUGCAUGGUAGAUCCAGAGGCUCUUCUCAAUGACCACAGCAGCACAGAGAAACUUCUUAAAAAGGAGCACAAGACCACCAAGGGCCUCAGAAAGGGCAAACCCAAGUCGGCCUCCCCCGCUCGUAAGGGGGAAGUCAGGAAGAGGUCCUCUACUCCGGUGAAGCAGACCUCCAAGGACUCCGCCUCACCUCGAUCAGCCUCCCUCAGGAGGAAGGACGCAGACAGAAGCUCCAGGCUGAUCAAGAUGUCUGAGACUCAAGGCUCCAGGAGUGAGAUCCUCAACCCGGGGAAAGGCUUGGUCAAUGGAGUCAAGAGCAGUUCAGGAAACAACUCCCAGAAAACUAGCUUGGCCGUGCCCCCUGGACCACCCAUCUAUGUCGACCUGGCCUACGUGCCCAACCACUGCAGUGCCAAGAACGUGGAUCAGGAGUUCUUCAAGAGAGUGCGAGCUUCGUACUAUGUGGUGAGCGGGAACGACCCGGGCAGUGGAGAACCCAGCCGUGGAGUCCUGGAUGCCCUGCUGGAGGGCAAAGCUCAGUGGGGCUCCAAUUUACAGGUGACCCUGAUCCCGACCCACGACUCUGAGGUGACCCGGGACUGGUACCAGCAGACUCACGAGAGGCAGCAGGACCUGAACAUCAUGGUUCUGGCCUCCAGCAGCACCGUGGUCAUGCAGGAUGAGUCCUUCCCUGCCUGCAAGAUCGAGUUCUGAGCUCCUCCCCACCCCCUCCUCCCAUCUUCCCCCUCCCCGUCAUCUGUUCUCACUGGAGGUGGAGCGAGACCGAACAGCACUCUCUGCUUCAAAGCUUCUCGCUCUCAUGGUACCAGUCAAAACGCAUUUGCUGCAGCCCUCAAUACACUAGAUUCUGUUAACUGAAAUCAAAGUUAUGCUCUCUGUGACAGUGGGGUUUAUGACGCAAAAAAUAACGUGCCGUUAUGUUUUUUUUCUUCUCACACAGGCACUUACAAUCGUGGUAAAAAAUUCUAAAACAUUUCCAGUAACAUUAUCAAGCUCGCUUUGCCUCAAAUCCAACAGACGAAUGGACGUCAUUAUCCCACAAAUGCAUAAUGCCAGAGAUUUGCAAGGUGUAGUUCUAAAACUCUACGGCUCAAAUCACUACUGACACGGAAAUUCAAUACUCCCAAGUAGCAAAUUUCUAAUCCAAAAUGGCCAAAACAAGAGCAAAAACACCGUAAAAACAGAAGUUCUCAUUAGUUAACUUCUCCAAAAAUGAAUCAGUGAUCGAUAACUAGUUUAGAUUACAUGCAGUGUUUUUAGGAGAAUAGACAUUUUCCUGUUUAUUUACCAUCUGUGCUCCUACUUUGCAAUUCUGAUCACGCUACAGUAGCUGUUGGAUGAACUCAGUAAUUACAUAGAUUGAUGUUGCAAAAAAAAACACAAAAAAAAAAGGUUCCUUCUCGUCAUUUGUGGUGAAGUUUUAGGAGGUGCCUGAAGUUGGACCUCUUUCUGCUAGGCUUUCACAUCCUAGCUGGUGCAUGAUGCUUGCGUUUUUAGCUCGGACUCUUUAAGAACUGCAGAGGGUUAGUCCUCUCUUUAGCCAGCCUUUAAGUGUGGAAUGCAGUAUAGUGUAGAUAGCUCACUACACUGUUUGGCUGUCAAUGCUCAAGUGAAUUCAAUAGGUGCCAGGCAAAAGGACGACGAUGUCUGUGCACUAAAUCAUACCUCUGCUGGAUGUAAUGGUCCCUCUUUAAGUCCUUAUCAUGCUCUUUGAUGGUCGUAUGUACUCCAGUAUACAUGUAGGGUAAACGUUUCUAUUUCAAUACAGAGUUAUGUUACAUAAAUUAUAUAUUUUGUGAUGAUGCACAGGGAAAUAGGCGAAUGCAGUGGUUUGGAUGAUGCAUUUGAGGAGAAGGUUUAAUUAAUCGGUCAUUUCCUCCCGUUCAGCUACAUCUCACCGUCUCCGUCGAUAUCACAGAGCGAUGGGAAGAUGAAAUGAGCAGUGACCGGUGACAAAUGUAGCAACAGAAGCCCGUCCGCUGGCCCCUUCAGAGGGAGUAAGAACUGCAAUAUUUAUAGGUAUUAUUGGAGUUAUUUUUCAGGGAAAAAGUGAGUGUGGAGUGUGUUACAGGAGGCUUCUUUCAUGUGCCUUUAGCUUGUGCUCUUGGAGAGAGAGGGGGAUAUUUUAAGGACAUGUCAGCCAUUUUGAAAUGGAGCCAGAAACCAGGGUAAAUCAAACGGAACAAGUUCACCACAAUAGAAGACCAACCGGUUCAUACAGUACACGCACAAACCUUAUCCACACUUGGAAAUAGUACACUAAAUAACUUUGGGAUCUCUGUGAUCCAAUUCAGCGUCAAUGCCACAUUCUGAACCGACACUUUCAAACAAACAUGAAUGUCUUCGAGCAGAGAAACUGCACCAAAUAGGAAUGUACUUUUGUGAGAGUUUAGAAGUUGGAUUUUUGUUUGUAGUUGAAGCACAGAGCGAGUGUCGUCGGAGAAACUAACUUUCAUUGUAUUAUAAGAUAAUGUACUAGACGUUCCUCCAAACUGAGCUAGCAGUUAAAGGGACAGCAUCUUAGUUUUGAAGCAAUUACCGAAUAUUAAUCCCACAGUAAUAUUUACAGAAUGAGCAUGAAUGAUUACGAUCGUACUGGACGCAAGUAUAAAGUAGGAAUGUCUUUAAGGUCGUUUUUUGUGUGCGAGCAUAUAAUAAUAAUAUAACGCAGCAGGGUUUGACUUUUCCGUGGGCUCGCUAUGAAAGGUCUCUCUGCUGGUUCACAGACAGGUUGACGAGUCGCUCACAUGCUCACGUUUAAUUUACGCGAGCCCAAGUUUUAUUUCUUCAUAUAUAUAUAAUUUUUAGAGUAACAAAUUUACAUUUUCAAUUAAUUCUGGUUUAAUGUUCUCCAAAUGCGUGCUGAGAAGCAAAUCUUAUUGUAUUUACAUUUCACUUUUUUGUCUAAAGAAAGAACUAUAUUUCUGCCAAGAUGGCUCAUCACAUGCUUGUUUUUGUUUUGUGUGGACUGGGGACGGGCCAGGCUGGGCGAUGGAGGAGGGGAGGCUUGGAUUCCCAGAAAGGACUCAGUUUGAGCUCUUGAUGACGGAUUGAUAGUCAGGAUGUUGCCAACUAAACGCAGGGAGGAUCCUCUGCUCGCACAGUUUAACUUCGCUCAAUUCUUUCUCUCAAAUCUGAUUCAAAAUGUGACACAAACUCCUCGUUUCAUGCGUGUUGUCAGCCUGGGACCGGUGCCCUUUCCUUUCCUUGUUAAACGCUCACACUACCUUAUACCUCAUCUUCCAAAGCCACCGUGCUCUUUGCUCUGCCUGGCCUCCCUUCACAGUAUAUAUGUGUCCAUUAUGCACAGUGUAAGCCUUGAUAUGCAUCUCAUGCUUGUGAUGAUUCAGAAGCAGACAGCUUUUUCUUUUUUUUUUCUGUUUGAUGCAGUUUGUAUAUUAAACAGCUGGGCACGCACAAGUACACACCCUAGUCUGGAGGGAGUUGAUUAACUGAAGGGCGCAUUUAGACCGAGGAGACAGAGAAUUCAAAUUAAUCGAAAACAAGCGAAAAAGUCCCUUUCACCGCCUCUGCGAUGCCGUCUGGAAAUGUGUCCAAAAAGCCAGGAAGAAGCUUUUCAAUGUACGGAUCAGACUCUGUGGACGGUCUGAUGUGUCGUACUGUCUUUGAAUAAUGUUUUUAAGUUGGCAGAUUCCAAAUACCAAGCCUUGAGAUGUUCAAGGCAUCAGUAGAACGCUGUGAAGCACUCAAUACUGAACUGUGUGACGACACAGAAGCUGAAUGCACUAUAGAGGAGAUCUAUUUUUCUUGAAUGUAGAGUUGGUACGACCGUGCGAAUGCUGCUGGAUCAAAACAAUAGAGAAAUAAAAACAACUCACAGCAGCCUGGACAGUAAUACAAUGAGAGCAGGUACCGUUUUGACAGACUUGUCAUGAUAAAUCACGGUUCUGCUCCAGAGGAGAAAAGUUUGAUUUCUGACGUAACAGAAAGCAACCGAGAUCCCGUAAACAAACCCAUUAACAGUAACACAGAAAUAGUACCAACUGCAGCUGCAACUUUAUCCUUUUCCUGAUGACGACUUGAAAACACAUGCAGACUCAAAAACCAUCGAUGAAAUGAAACAAAUGCUACAUGUACAUGUAUGUACUGAGCACGGAUUUAUACACGUCGCUUUCACUUAAAAAGGUACGACAACUUAUCCUUCCGAUGUUCGUUUCAGCUGCUUUUAGAUCAAAACUGCUAACUACUCCUCCAACCGAGAGAGCUACACAAAAACGCUGACAAGAUAUAGGAUGGAAACAAAAUUGCAUCAUUCAGUUCAAUUUCAUCGCCAUACCUGCAUCGAAAUGAAGAUACCAUUUGAUCUCAAUAUGGCGUCAUCUGUCCAUCUCAUCUCUCUGCAUGUGAUUUAUUUAGUUAUAAUCCUGAAUGUAAUUGUUUAACAUGGAAAUAAUAAAAAUUCAAUGCUAUUUUAAAGAGGUAUAUUUGAAAAAAACACAAAAAAAACAGCUUAUUGUCUUAACUGGUACUGAAAUGACCUACAGUGAUAUAAUACUAGGCUGUGCUUUUAUUGUUUGUCCUGUUAACAUGUUAAGAAGACGCUGUAUUGGUAGUUAUGUUCGAUUCUCUCCUUUUUUUUGCAUUGUAUUAAUCUUAGUUACGAUUUCUUCCUCAGCGCAAUAUUCAAUAUCUCUCUGUCUCUUUAAAUCUAACUGGUGAAACUAGAACUACUGCAGAUUCAUUGUAAAAGGGAAACAGCCUGGUGAUCAUCUAUUAAAGUACAUUUAAAUCCA